UCUCCAAAGUUCUACAACUUACCAACCAAUAAUACCUAAUACAUUUUUAAACAGAAAAAUACGAGUUCUCAAGAUGGCUAUAAAAAUAAUUCAUAAAUAUCAACGUUGUUUGGUGCGUGAGCGUUUCCCUCACAAACUACGAGUAUGACAACAGACAGUUUGUUUUGUUUCCGCGCGUUUAAUUUGCCAUUCGCCGAAGCAGCUUGGCAGACAAUUCGGUGCGUGCGUGUGAAAUCUUUUCAGCUUGUUAUCUUGCUUUUAUUCGCGCUAAAGUUAUUUUGUGCCAUUCCCUCCAUGUGCCAUGAUGUCCCAGUACAGGAAUUUCAACCCAAACAGAUGCAACGUAUGCUUCCAGAAUUCUCCCACCGAGCCAAACGAGAAAAACAAACCGAAGUUCUGCGCGAAGUGCAAACUCAUAAAAUAUUGCGGCAAGGAUCAUCAGAGAAUAGACUUACCUAUUCAUCGAAAGUUUUGUUCUGCCGUACAUUCGGUGCUUACGAAAAGUAAUACCGAUCAUAUACUGCGCUGCGCUGAACCAUUUCUUGAAACGCCUUUUCACGCCGAACCAGAGAAUAAGCUCAUUCUCAUGAAUCACAUCAACUGUUGCAGUUUGUUGUUAUCGAAAAUUUUAAACCGUCCCCUGUAUAAUCAUGAGCAGCUGCUGAUCAACUUUGCUUCUUUAUGCAACGUCUGUAUGGAGUACCAAUCGCAAAAGCUUUUCCUCUGUGAAGAAUGCCAACAGGUAGCUUAUUGUAGCAAGGAACACCAACAAAGCGACCGAGACAAUCAUUCCAAGUGGUGCGAUGGACUGCGUAUCAACUUUUAUUAUGAUGGUAGCCCGCUUCGCUUUCCUGAAAUCAUGUGCUCCGUGUUUUCUUUUGCCGAUUGUGAAAAGUUUCACAGCCAAUUUCCAAAGGAUACGUUCGAGCUGGCAAGCGCAAUGUUGCUGAAAGUAAUCAAAACUUCCGACACACAACCGGUAAAAGAGCUGGCACAACAGAUAGAAGACAUAAAAAUGGCAGGAAUGUAUUCAUCGGUAGGUACAAUUCUGUAUAUUCUACGCAAAGUUCAUUUGUACGAGGAAAUAGGAAACGAACUCAACCUGUUCGUGCUGGGUGCGGAAAAGGAUCAUUUGUUAUUUAACACGGUUACUGAAGCGGCCAUUUUCUCCUAUUUGCCAAAGUUACGACGUCUUCGACUGUUCUUUAUUGGGCCCAACCUAGAUGAAGCGGAAAGUAGCGUUAAGCAUUUUACAGAGAAUCGCACGGUUGAGAUCGAAAAGUACCGUUGCCUGUAUCAUGAAUUACCCGAGAAUUCAAACCUUCCCAAGCCACAUCUCGCAAUUGCUUUCAAUUGCGGUUUUACCGAGUUUAUCGGUACAUCAAAACAGACUUGGGACAAAACAAUUCGCAACAUUCUAACCAUUCCGAAUCUUCCAUUCGCUUUUACGUCAUACACGCAAAGAGAAUCCUUCGAUGAUGCUAGUAUCGUAGAAAGUAUUGCAAACAAAGUUAAUGAAACAAACGGAGAAAUCGUAUAUGUGGUUCGAAACGCAGUAAACCCAUUCCGCCACCCGGUACCACUGCGCAAUCCUAACCUGGAUGAUACAAAUCACGUAUUAUAUCACGAAAAUGGAUACCUUUCUGUUUGUGUGAUGCACUAAGGAUAAUGUCGUUUACAUUCUUUAUAUACACAUGUUUUUCUUUUGUUUUGAAUUACUUUAUACACGCCAUGAGAAAGCACAAAUCUAUAUAGGAAAACGAAAACACAAACGAUCUUGUAAGCGGAAGCUUACUGUUCCAUUUCCUUUAUACACUAUGUACAACGGGAUAUUAUCCCCUUUUUACGCAUAUAUUUUAUAAGACAUAUUGAUGUACCUAUUCACGAAUUUAUAAAACAUCACUUCAAUAAAGUACAACGAUUAGGAUAAAGUAAAGUACGCAA